AUGGCGACGAUUUCUUUUGCUAUCACUAAUCUUACCGAAGAUCAAUUGGCUGAAUUCCAGGAGGCGUUCAACCUGUUCGAUAAUCGUGGCGAUGGUAAGAUCCAGCAGCAACAGAUCGGUGAGUGCCUGCGAGCACUUGGCCAAAACCCGACCGAAUCGGACGUGAAGAAGUUCACCAUGCAGCUGAAACCGGACGAGCGCGUAUCGUUCGAAGUGUUCCUGCCAAUCUACCAGGCCAUCUCGAAGCAGCGCACGGCCGAAACGGCGGACGAUUUCAUUGAGGGUUUGCGUCACUUCGACAAGGACGCCAGUGGUUUCAUUUCGUCUGCCGAACUGCGCCACCUAUUGACAACGCUCGGCGAGAAGUUGGGCGAUGAUGAGGUGGAGCAGCUGCUCCAAAACCAGGAGGACUCGCAAGGAAACGUCAACUACGAAGAGUUCGUUCGGAUGGUGAUGAGCGGCUAG